AUGGACGUGGACGUGGACGUGGACGUGGUGGACGUGGACGUGGUGGACGUGGACGUGGACGUGGACGUGGACAUGGACGUGGACGUGGACGUGGACGUGGACAUGGACGUGGACAUGGACGUGGACGUGGACAUGGACGUGGACAUAGACGUGGACGUGGACGUGGACAUGGACGUGGACGUGGACGUGGACGUGGACGUGGACGUGGACGAGGACGUGGACAUGGACAUGAACAUGGACGUGGACGUGGACGUGGACGUGGACGUGGACAUGGACGUGGACGUGGACAUGGACGUGGACAUGGACGUGGACAUGGACAUGGACGUGGACAUGGACGUGGACGUGGACGUGGACGGGGACAUGGACGUGGACGUGGACAUGGACCUGGACGUGGACGUGGACAUGGACAUGGACGUGGACGUGGACGGGGACAUGGUGGUGGACGUGGACGUGGACGUGGACAUGGACGUGGACGUGGACGUGGACAUGGACGUGGACAUGGACGUGGACGUGGACAUGGACGUGGACGUGGUCGUGGACGUGGACGUGGACGUGGACGUGGACAUGGUGGUGGACGUGGACGUGGACGUGGACGUGGACCUGGACGUGGACGUGGACGUGAACAUGGACGUGGACAUGGACGUGGACGUGGACAUGGACGUGGUGGAUGUGGACGAGGACGUGGACGAGGACGUGGACGUGGACGUGGACGUGGAUAUGGACGUAGACGUGGACGUGGACGUGGACCUCGACGUGGACAUGGACGUGGACAUGGACGUGGACGUGGACAUGGAUGUGGACAUGGACGUGGACAUGGACGUGGACGUGGACGUGGACGUGGACAUGGACGUGGACGUGGACAUGGACCUGGACGUGGACAUGGACGUGGACGUGGACGUGGACGUGGACAUGGACGUGGACGUGGACAUGGACCUGGACGUGGACGUGGACGUGGACAUGGACGUGGACGUGGACGUGGACGUGGACGUGGACGUGGUGGACAUGGACGUAGACAUGGACGUGGACGUGGACGUGGACAUGGACGUGGACGUGGACAUGGACAUGGACAUGGACGUUGACGUGGACAUGGAUGUGGACGUGGACAUGGACGUGGACAUGGACGUGGACAUGGACGUGGACGUGGACGUGGACGUGGACAUGGACGUGGACAUGGACGUGGACAUGGACGUGGACGUGGACGUGGAUGUGGACGUGGACAUGGACGUGGACAUGGACGUGGACGUGGACGUGGACGUGGACGUGGACGUGGACGUGGACGUGGACAUGGACGUGGACGUGGACGUGGACGUGGACAUGGACACGGACGUGGACGUGGACACGGACGUGGACACGGACGUGGACGUGGACGUGGACGUGGACAUGGACGUGGACGUGGACGUGGAGGAGGACAUGGACGUGGACAUGGACGUGGACGUGGACGUGGACGCAGACGUGGACGUGGACGUGGACGUGGACGCGGACAUCGACGUGGACGUGGACAUGGAGGUGGACGUGGACGUGGACGUGGACAUGGACGUGGACGUGGACGUAGACAUGGACGUGGACGUGGACGUGGAGGACUUGGAUGUGGACAUGGACGUGGACGUGGACGUGGACGUGGACAUGGACGUGGACAUGGACGUGGACGUGGACAUGGACGUGGAUGUGGACGUGGACGUGGACAUGGACGUGGCAUGGACGUGGACAUGA